AUGAAGACCCUUAAACAGUAUAGCAAGAAAAAUGAAGAAGUAAACAAUCAUGAUGACAUGAACACAGAAAAUUCAACUGUUAAUGGCAUCAACAUCAACGAUAUAAACAUAAACGACAUAGAAGAAAAUAUAAGUGACCACAAAAAUGAAAGGAAAGUUAAAAAAAAAGGGAAAGCCAUCGAAUAUUAUUUGUUCGAUGUAGAAGCAUACAACACCAACAACAGCACGAUAGAAAGUUUUGUUGACCUAAGUACUAUAAGAUCAAGUUAUUUAUCAGAAAAUAGGAAGAAGAAAGCCAAGAAAAAAAAAACUAGCUAUUUAAAAAAACAGCUAAAACUUUACAAAAAGAAAUAUAAAAUAUUGCCAGAACAUAACAUUGACCAAGAUACCAGCUACGAAGAAUCUGUGAAAAAUGAAAAUAAAGAUUAUAGAAUAUACGACCUCAAGGAGGUGAAAACGGAUAAAGGAACUAAUGACUUUUUGCCACACAUACGAAAGGAUACCAUCGGUGUGAAGAAGGACGUGUUUUUAAAUGUAAUCAAAUUUAUCAUCCUCGUUUCCUCGAUUUUCUUCUUCGGUUCGUUCAGUACAACCAUAACCAAGUAUAUCAUAUUUGUGAAGAAGUUUAAUUACACGCAAAUUGUCACACUUUUGGAAUUUCUCAUUAUGUAUCUGAUUCUGAAAGUGGUAAUCUUCUGUGGGAAAAUGAAAAGUUCGACAAACUUGACGAGGAAGGAAUACAUCAAAUAUAUCAUUUCAAUUGCGGCAUUACUAGGACUCAGCGUUGUGACAGGCAAUAGCGCCUACUCCUAUUUAGAAAUUCCGGUCAUUUCUGUCAUUAAAUCGAGUUCGCUAAUAUUGAUAUAUUUUUUAUCCAUCAAAUUUGGUUUGAAGGAAUUCAAGUGCUCCCUGCUGUGUUCGAUUCUUACAAUAUUGAUGGGGGUAAUUAUGAGCAUUACCACGCUGAAAAUAGACAGCUUAUUUGGUAUAUUCCUGUUGGUCAUAUCCGUCAUCGCGUCAUCCCUUAAAUGGGUUUUUACCAAUGUUUUGUUAAGAUCAACAUCCAUGAAGCCACACAUUAUUUUGUUACACAUAUACCAAAUGGCCAUGUUUAUCAUAAUUAUCCCCACACUUGUGAUCGAUUUGACCUGUAUUGUUAAAGAUUAUAACAGCAACAUUUUGACGGUUGACCAGAUAUUCGCAGCAUUGGUUUUAGUCGCCAUUGGCGCCGUGAGCAGCAUAUUUUUAAUUUUAGCCGAAUUCUCAUUAAUAUCGUACACCUCAUCCGUGACCCUGAGUAUAGUCUUUAUAGGGAGAGAAGCAAUCCUUUUGAUUAUUGGAUCGCUAUUUUUUGGUGAAAAUAUCAAUUUUAGUUCAUCCAUUGGCAUAGCAAUUUCAAUGAUUGGUACCAUCCUCUAUGGUUAUGCAUCAAAGUGA